UCAUGCAAUGCGGAUCCAAGAUGGCGGCCCCCAUGCAGCGGGGCUUGUCCCGGCUCCUGCCGCUCGGGCGGUGGCUGCAGAGUGUAGAACCUUUACUCAGUCCUACCAGACUGACUCGGACCUCGCUUGUGGUCCCGGUGAGAACAAAGCGACGGCACUUUAUCCCUCCUGCUGUCAAUGCCAAGCACAUGACUCGGGACGAGCAUAAGUUGAAAGCCAGGGCUGCAGGCAUUGUGAUCCCUUAUGAGCCCCCAGAACGCCCCAUCAAUCUUGCCUGCACAGCUGGAAUUUUUGACCCCUAUGUGCCUCCUGAGGGUGAUGCCCGCUUGUCUUCUCUGUCAAAGGAGGGGCUGAAGCAAAGAGCGGAGAAGCUGAAGCAGAGUGCCGCUUCACGAUUAGCAAUCCCGAAGAUAAAAGAGUAUGAUCCUGACUUCAGCACUAAAACGUUCCCCGAGAAGGCCCAGGAGAUAUUCAUUGAAGCUCACAAUUGCUUGGCAAAUUUCAACAAGCAGAAACUUCACUCCCUGGUGACUGAACGCUGCUACCCGGAAAUGGUGCGUGGGAACAGAUACAAUACCAUCCGCUGGAGCUUUGUGGAGUCGCUGGAGCCUCCCAGGGUGGUUCAGAUUCGAUGCCCAACUAUGGUGAACAAGGGCAACCUGUAUGCACAGGUGACAGUCCGCAUGCACACCCGACAGACCUUGGCUAUCUAUGACCGGUUUGGACGGCUGAUGUACGGCGGGGAGCAGGUGCCGAAAGACGUCUUGGAGUAUGUCGUAUUCGAGAGGCACCUGGUCAACCCUUAUGGCUCUUGGAGGGUACACGGCAAGAUAGUGCCAGCCUGGGCUCCGCCCAAGGACCCCAUUAUCAAGACGGUGAUGGUCCCUGGCCCCGUCCUGGACCCCUCGCAAGAAUUUGAUGAGAUCCAGUAUGAAAUUCCAAAGCCCAAACAGACGCAGUGGUACAAAUAACGGUGGAUGGAUGGAGCAGCGACGGGGGUGAGAAAGCAAUAGACUAGAGAUGGGAUUGCGUGAUCAGCAAGCAGUGUGACUGCAGGCCUCUAUUCCAACUGAGCAGAGACGCCAUCAGAGAAGUCUGUGCAGGGAAACUGACAACGAGCAGAAUGCUCCCGGCGCAGGUCGGCUCUUCCCCGUACCACACGCCGUCCAACGUGCUGCCUCUCAAACUAUCGGUUUUGCUUUGGAGACCAGUGAUCCCACAUCUUCAGAAUUGCUCAUUAAGCAACUCUCAGUGCAGAGACUGAUGUCCCUGCUUCAUUGGCCAGAGGGGUAUCUAUGGGGGUAGAGUGUGACGCACUGUCUUUAUAAACCGUUGCUGCCCCCUUAAUCUGCACUGCAAGUCCAUCCUUUUCUUUUUUCCUUCCCCUAGUUUGCCUCAGUGGGUGGUGCCUACCCCUGGAUUCUGUGAUUCUGAGCCCCCUGUUCUCCUCCCUUGCUCUGUGCCCCGAUAGUCCCAAUAACAAUCUGUGGGAGGCGAGCGUCAAACUCUCCCGCUCGAAUGUUGGAAACCAAGCUGUCAAUUGCCAUCCACCCGGCUUGCACCCAGAAACGGGGAGCUCCCGGAUGGGGUUGUAAUACUGCGCCUGUAAUGUAAUAAAUCUCCACUGGUUCGCUGA